UUGCAGUUUUAAAUGACGCUGAAACGCCCGGCCGGCUUCCACCUGGAGCACUGGCCCCGCCAGAGGGCGGCUCGACCCCUCCCUCCCUCCCGUAUCUGGUCAAUCCCGUUAGGCAACGAGAAGGGUCCUGUCCCUGUUGGGGUAGCCCCGCCCCCAGGAGAUUGCCCCGCCCCGCGUCCGGUCCCCGCUCCCGGCAGGCGCACGAAGAGCCACGGUACCUGCUUCCUCGGCACCCUGGCGCUCCCGAGGGUCCAGCUCAGGAGGUCGGCGCCCGCCUCGGUGGGAGCGUCCGCGGUGUGCCCCCUGUCCUUGGCUCCGCAGUCCGUGGAGGUUCGUGCUCCCGGGCCCUCACCAGGCCCCGCCCUGUCCGCGUUGGCGGAGGGGGCGGUGCCCGAAGAGACCCCGCCCCUAACGUCACGGCCGAGGGGUGGAGCCGGCCCGACGGAAGCGAGGUGCUGCUGGAGAGGCCCGAACAGAGCAGCGGGCGCUCGGGGACUGCUGGUGAGAGACAGCAUGGGCAGCAGCUCGCUGUCCGAGGACUACCGUCUGUGCCUGGAGCGCGAACUUAGGCACGGCCGCGCGGGCGUGUGCGGGGACCCAUCGCUACGCGCCGUGCUCUGGCACAUCCUGGUGGAAGACUUCGACCUGCAUGGGGCGCUGCAGGAUGACGCGCUGGCACUACUCACCGAUGGCCUGUGGGGCCGCGCCGACCUGGCCCCUGCGCUACGCGGCCUGGCCCGCGCCUUCGAGCUGCUGGAGUUAGCCGCCGUGCACCUGUAUCUGCUGCCUUGGAGGAAGGAGUUCACCACCAUCAAGACUUUCUCAGGGGGCUACGUGCACGUGCUGAAGGGCGCGCUCUCGGAGGACCUCCUCAUCCAGAGCUUCCAGAAGAUGGGCUAUGUGCGCAGGGACGACCACCGCCUUAUGGUGGCUGCCCUGCCCCCCGCCCGCCAGCUUGUGCAGGUGGCCCUGGGCUGCUUUGCCCUGCGGCUGGAGUGUGAGAUCCUGGGCGAGGUGCUGGCGCAGCUGGGCACCAGCAUGCUGCCAGCCGAGGAGCUGCUGCAGGCACGGCGGGCCAGCGCGGAUGUGGCCUCCUGCGUGGCCUGGCUGCAGCAGCGACUAGCCCGCGAAGAAGAGCCGCCACCUGUUCCCCCCCGUGGCUCCCCGGCCCGGUGCCAGGCCCGGCUGGACCUGUACCGGGACCUGCAGGAGGAUGAGGGCUCAGAUGAGACCAGCCUAUACGGGGGACCCUCGCCAGGCCCCGACUCACCCCCCUCGGAGCUAGCCUGCCAGCCUCUGUUCUGGGAGCAGAGCGCCAGACUGUGGGGCGUGGGGGGCGGGGCCUGGGAGGCUGAGGCCAGCAGCCCGGCCUCGGAGGAGGAGCCCGAGGCCGAGGCCUUCUCCCUCCUCUCACUGCGCCAAGAGCUGCUCAGUCGGCCCGGAGACCUGGCCGCCCCCCAAGCCCCUGGAGCCCCUGAGCAGGCCAGCCCCCCACGAGUCCCCGAGCCCCCCGGCUACCAGACACACAGCUGCCUGGGCCCUGGCGCCCUCCCCACCCUCUGCUGUGACACGUGUCGCCAGCUGCACACUUCCCACUGUGCCACCCUGGCCACCUGCCGCCCGGGCCACCCUUUGCGCGCCCUGCACGGAAACCACCAGCGGCGCCUGUGGCUGCAGCGAGCCCAGGUGGACACCUUGCUCUACGAUGCCCCUAGGCCCGCCUGGCCCUAGGCCCAGGGCUUUCUGGAGACAUGUUCCGUGGUGCUUUUCUGGGCCUCAUCCCUCCUCAGACCCGGGCCACUGGCCACCCUGCCCCUCCUGCCCCCCAGGGGUGCUGAGCACAGCGGCAGGUCGGGGGGCAUGGAGACUCAACCCCGCUACGUGAGAGGUGGGGGCCGUCUUCCUCGGAAAGCUGCCGGCCCGCCCCCAGGGAGCACCCUCUCCCUCCUCUCCCACCCCUCCCCGGCCCCACCACUGGCCCCAGCGCCGCAGCUCCUGACCUGCUCCCUGCAAGUGCCCAAAGGGGUGCUCCACAGAGGAGUGUCCUUGGGGGCUCAGGUGACCUCAUGAGCCCCGGAGCUUUGCUAAGACCAUUCUAGGGGCUCUGCCAGGUGCAUGGCUGACCCGGCUGAGGGGACCUGGUCCCCCAUGGGUGUCACAGACCAGCACUGAAUGAGCUGAGUGCUGGCCUGAGACCAGCCCCAUGGGCUCCAGUCAGAGCUGGGCGGGGAAGCUGGACCCAAGGACAGAAGAGAAAUGAUCUAGUCUCCAGCCAGAGUGAGUGCCCAGGAGUUCCAGAGAACAGCAGGCGGGAGACGGGGAGCCACGGAGCCCGAGAGGCUGUCACCCCACUUCCGGGCGGAGCGUGGGGGCUUCUGAGCAAUCUUCCUGCUACAUCUUCCUGCUGUCCGGCUUCGGAAGGCAGGGUGAGAGAUCUCCAAGGCUCCCACCCCAGAGCCCACCUGGGUCCCGUGGUAAAGAUGCACCAGCUGCCAGCCGCCAGCCCGCUCACAGGGCUGGAGGGGGUGGGUCUGCCCACCUGGGCCUGGGGUGGGGCCAGUCUUGUGUGUGGCCCCUCCCCCCACACCUGUCUGUCACGCGAAUCACCACCUCAAAGUACAUUAAAGGACGC